ACCAGUAAUUCUCUUAUAUUGUCCCGUCACAAUACGUCCUUAUUUCCAGUUCUUUACGUUAACAGGGACGGCCUUUUUCGGAGCCUACGAAGUUCUCAUAUUCUUCUCCUUCUUCGUAAGCUUCAUUUACUGCCAACGCUGAUAAUCGAAGAAGAAUAAAGAAAUCAAAGCAACGAUUUGUUCAGCAAAUUAGGGUUUCUGAAAGAGAAAAAAAAAACAAUAAUAACUGAUCUAUGAAACUAGUAGGUGUUUGUUGAAACCAGUGGGACCUUGGGACCAUGCUAUCAUAUUUAAAACACUUAAAUUAAUAUGGGUAUCCAGUAGCAGAGGACAUUCGAGAGAAUAGGCUAGCCCUUACCAGUAAGAGUUGACAAUUUGGGGUAAAAUCAGUUAAAGGAGUGUUGUUGGAAUGAGAUUGGGUGGAGUUGGGCUGUACUCUUCUUCUUCUUCUUUUUCUUCCUCUGUGUUUGUGUUUGACCAUUAUCAUCACUUGGCUCCAAAACCCUUCUCUGCUUAUACUUCUUCUAAGAAGCCCCUCCUCACUACCUUCUCACCUAAACGUCGCUCUACUAUGACCUUACCCUCCGCCGCUUUGUUCUCCCAAAACCCUGUCGUUUCUGAUGUCGUUGCCACUGCCUUGUCCGGCUCUGUCGCCUUCUCUUUGCUCCAAUUGUUGAAAGAGACCGCCACACGUGGUAUUUUCGACCAGAAACUUAACAGGAAGCUUGUGCAUAUAAGCAUUGGCAUAGCUUUCAUGCUCUGCUGGCCACUUUUCAGUCCUGGGUCUCGUGGAGCAUGGUUAGCAGCAACUAUUCCAGGAUUGAACAUUAUACGGAUGCUUAUCUUAGGACUUGGAUUAUGGAAAGAUGAGGCAACUGUGAAAUCAAUGAGCAGAUUCGGAGACUACAGGGAGCUUCUCAAGGGACCACUGUACUAUGUCAUAGCGAUUGCUCUUGUUUGUAUAAUCUAUUGGCGAACUUCCCCUAUUUCGAUUGUUGCAAUAUGCAACCUAUGUGCUGGAGAUGGUGUAGCAGACAUUAUAGGAAGACGGUUUGGUAGUAUUAAAAUUCCAUACAACAGAAACAAAUCUAUUGCUGGAAGCAUUGCAAUGGUAUCUGCUAGUUUCUUAGCAUCUGUGGGGUUUAUGUACUAUUUCUCCUUAUUUGGAUAUAUGGAAAGAAGUUGGGAAAUGGUCUUGGGGUUUUGGAUUGUUGCUCUUGCAUCAGCACUGGUGGAAUCACUCCCAAUAAGCACCGACCUUGAUGAUAACCUCACAGUUCCCGCAACAUCCAUUUUGGUGGGCAUUCUUGUGUUCUAAUUUCAUCAAUCCCUCUUAUUGUUCCAAGGCAAGACUGACAACAAGCAACGAUGAAGUUUCAUGGUCAAUCUUUUUAAUCUGCUGUAGAAUAUUCUGUAACAUGUGAAAAGAAAUAAAAAUCCAAUCUUAAACAUUGUUAUUGAAUAAAGGUUUAUUCUUCUUCCUGUGUAGAUUUUAAGUCUCCUAUGUGGGCCCCUAUUUUUUUGCCAUUUGUCAAAUGAAGAGAUAUAAGAAUAUUGACUUUCCUUCUGGUUUAUUUUUCUGUAGUAUUUCUUUGUUUAAUCAGAACUGGUUUCUUUCUUGU